UUCUAGGGCAGAAAUCUAACAACAGGAGAGCUUGGAUUCUUCCCAAGUGAUGCAGUAAAGCCCAGCCCAUGUGUUCCUAAACCAGUAGAUUACUCUUCACAACUGUGGUUUGCAGGAGCAAUGGAAAGAUUGCAAGCAGAGAGUGAACUUAUUAACAGAGUAAAUAGCACUUACCUGGUGCGGCACAGGACCAAAGAGUCAGGAGAAUAUGCAAUUAGUAUUAAGUACAAUAACGAAGUGAAACACAUCAAGAUUUUAACAAGAGAUGGCUUUUUCCACAUUGCAGAAAACAGAAAAUUUAAAAAUUUAAUGGAACUAGUAGAAUACUAUAAGCACCACUCUCUCAAAGAAGGCUUUAGAAGUUUGGAUACUACUCUUCAAUUUCCAUACAAAGAAUCUGAAAACUUAGUGGGACAAAGGAGUAACAGAACAGGUGGCAACUUGCUAAGCCCGAAGGUGAUAGGCAUUGCCAUAGCCAGGUAUGACUUCUGUGCAAGAGACAUGAGAGAGCUGUCCUUACUGAAAGGGGAUGUUGUAAAAAUUUAUACAAAGAUGAGUGCCAAUGGCUGGUGGAGAGGUGAAGUAAAUGGAAGGGUGGGCUGGUUUCCAUCAACUUAUGUUGAAGAGGAUGAAUGAAUUAAAAACUUUCCUCUGCUGACCAGCAGUUUCAGGGAUUGUAAAAAUUUAAUAUCUUCAAAGUGUUACUGGUUUUGUUAAGUAUUUAAACAGCAGCAUUUUUGUCAGUCUGAACCUUCCAGUCUUAAUGUUGGAAUUUAUACAGAAGUUUGUGCUGACAGAUUAUUACGUUGCCCAGAGCUGUGCAAGAAACAACCUGCCAGUUUGCCAUCACUGGGGAUCAGUACAAAGACCAACCCUCACCUUCCCAGAAGAUCUCCGGAAAACAAAUUUCUUUAUGCUCCUUUUCAUUUCACCCUGUACUACACCACGAAUACUAGCUAUGGCUGAAUAUUUAAUAAGUCUCUUUUCUUCUAGCUACCAUCUGUGAUGGUACAAGGAGAUGAAGGCUUAUUAUUCCUUAUCACUGCAUGCAGAAAACAGAGUUCAGUCAUUCCAGUGGGCAUAAAGUACAGUCAGUAGACUUGUCUUGAAACAUCAAACUACUUAUCACCUUACAAACAGUUUUACACUCAUAAAAACAUUCUGAAGGAAAUAUGUAGUAAACAUGAGUAGCAUUCAUGCAUAUAUAAUUAGUUAACUGACUACUUUGAGGUCCUACCUAAAUUGUCUAACAAUUUGUUGAAAGACAACAUUUUAAAAAGGUGUAGUGACGUCGUAUUGCUUGAACAAGCAUCCACAAAAUGGAAUUGUGGGAUCCUUUCUUUGUCAGUCUUUUUGUGUGAGUUUUUUUUCAUUUAAGCAGCCAACCAUAGAAGUGCAACUGAAGAGAGUCAUGACAAGAUGAGUUUUAAAAUUUUCAGCAUUAACAUUAAAUCAAUAUUGUAGACCUAUUCUGUAGGAGAAUAUACUAAUGGAGGAUGAUGUCAAUUCUCAAGAACAAAACUGUUUAUCUUAACCUCUUGAAUGAUUCAGAUAAACUUCGAUGCUUCCAACCCUAAACUGUCUUUUCCUAGUUAAACAGGAGUUUCUAUCACCUUUUGUGCUCUUACAAAGUCACGCAAAGGGAACUUGCAGAUUACUUUGUGCCCUUUCUUCUCUUGUUCCCUGGGAUGUUAACGGCAGUUCAAUGAGUGAGUGGUCUUGUUGCAGUGUUAUGAGCAUCCCAAGGAAAAAAGUGCCUAGGUUAGCUAGCCUGAAACAUCAGGCCUUGUAAAGUGGUGUCCACCCUUUGGUGAGGCAGUGUUUUAAUAUAUUUAUGGAGGGUCAGAAGUGCUGUAGUUAUAAGCUAAAAUAAAUGUGGGUGGUGUCUUCAGAUGUGCAGUUUUGAAUAUUUAGAUAACAUCUAACCUGGCUUGAAAACUUCUAAGAAAGUAAGGCUCUUAAAUGCAUUUUGUUUUUAGGGUGAUGUUGACCAAUCAAGAAAGUUAAUUCAUCCUGUCCCACAUCCUCUCUUUUGCUUUUCCCUAUCCUCUUUUCACAUAGGUGUCUUGCAAUUAGCAUGCAUAGAUACAGUACAAUUUAACACUGUAGUUUUUCCCACUCUGCAAGAAACAUAAUAUCCACUGUUCGUCCACAGAGCAGAAUCUGCUAGUACGUAUUUCAGGUACUCUUUGGCUGUCCCCAAUGUUCUUUGCUUCUUUCUGGCCUCCUUCUGGCCCUCAGGAAGGACCAAGCACAGCACAGAGGAUUCACAAUAAUCCUCUUUGUCUCUGCAACUAUCUUACCCAUCUGCUACACCUAGCAUACACUGCUGUGUGACCAGGUGAAACAGAGGAUCUUCUAAUUAGAAAUUCUCCACUUGUGAGAUUCAGCCUUGCAGAUGAAACUCUGCUGAUGCUCUAGCUUUUCAAGGAUUUACCUCGAAAUUAUGUAAACUGUGAUUGUGUUGAGUACAUUACUUGAUGGAGCAAUUGAGACCAUUUGUAAAUAAUGUAGAUUAUGCAUAAAACAUAUUUUGUAAAUGAUGUGUACAACAGUGUAGACCAGAGUAUGCUGGUUUUGAUCUUUUUUUUUGCCAUGCAGUUGUAUUGUCUAUUGUGAGCUUGAUCCUAUAUUCCUUAAGUAGACGAAGUUGAUUCUUUCACAGUUUUGCCUUCUCAAGGGGUAGAGGAGUAAGCUCUAGGCCUGUGAAAUGUUUAGUGCUUUGCUGUCACAGAGUUCUGAGAGGAGGCAAUUUAAUUCAAUAUGAGUUGAGAAAUACAUCAGUCACUUUCAGCAGCUUGGUUUUAGAAUAAGUUUGAGUAGUCUCUCCAUCCUGAAGUUGCUGUAAAGCUUUUAAGCAAUUCCUGAGUCCAGUAAUCGGCCUUUGAUAAGAAUGAAAGCCAUAGCUAAACUCACUUUUGUGGCAUAAAUCUACAUAUCAUUGUCUGUGUUUAAUGCCCUGUAUUGAUUGAGUUAAUGCUGCAUCUUAAACUAUAUUUUGAGUACCAAAGACUUCCUAAAUAUUCUGGAGUGUCUCUUUCAUGUGCUGCUUUUGCCUGUUACAGAGGUUUUGUUGUCAUGCAAUAAUGGAGUUUCAGUACUUUAAUUUGUACUAUUUUGUAAAUAUGUUAAAUAUAAUAAACUGGUUAAUUUUUUGUUUAAUGGUAUGCGUCAAAAUGCGUAGUUGUCUAGUAUGAAGGUUGUGCUUUGUUUGUCUAACCACCUUCUCAUAGCAAGCAGAAGUUGAUAAUGUUCUGUUUUGGUUUCCCAGAUUUGUAUAAUCCUUGUUUAGCUGUAAAAUGGAGCUGUCAAUGUAAAUGGGAUAGUACAGCUUUCCUUGAGAGCUUUUUGUUGCUGGGAUAAUUUGCCUUCUGCCACAUCCAGGAAGGUGGUAGGGUUUUUUGUUUUGUUUUUUAGCUAUGGAGAAUAUUGUGGAAUCAGUCAUAUACUAUUGAUUUUUGUCUGUCAGAGAUGAUACUUGUAGUUUUUUGAUUGAAAAGCAGUUGUUCUUAAAAAGUUUUCUUUUAUGUGUCAUGUUUCAUAGCAAUGUUCUUUCUCUUCCACCUUCUGCUUUCUCCCUCUGUCAUGUGUGAAUUAACAUGCAAAUUCAAGUUGAAUUGAGCUCAAAUCUGAAAAUAUAGUCUGUGUCUGAUUUCAUGGGCUACUUGAUAAUAUUUUCAUGGUGUAACCCAUUCAUGCAUUUUUUACGAUAUAACAUUCAUUAUUGAUAUGUUUAUAAAAAUAUUUCUGAACAGGUGAAUUAAUUCAGGAAGGUCAGUGAUGAUGUGAUUGCAGUGUUGUUUCAUUCUGUCCCUUCUGUUUUUCAGUAGCAGAGAUUUUCUUGUGGAACUGCCCUUCUAACAGAUAAUUAUUAAACUUAAUGAGGCAUUUACACAUCUCUACAGAUGUAAGGCAUAAUUUUCCUGUCACCCAUGAACAUAUCACAUAACUAAGAGUCACACCUAACGCGAGAUGCAAAAAUGUUUCUCAAUUAAAUUCUCUUGUUAACAAUAUCACACUCAGUCACAGACGUUCUCCUUCCCCUUAUAUGCGAGAAGAGAUGUGUGUCCUCUGAUGGGUGAGAAAUUGAGAAAGCACUGUAAUUAGGGCAUAAGAACCACUUGUGACUGUGUUCUGAAUAAUUUUUUUCAGUUACAAGGCUUGGAAGCUUAUUUGAAAAUCUCAGCUUGAAAAAAAAUAAUCUAACUUGAACAAUGAAAAUUAUGCCAACCAGGCUACCUUUUUCUUUUGCCUCACAGGCAAGCUCUAGGUGCUCUAUGAAGGAGAAGAAAAGG